AGGAAUGGCUCGACGGUGCAGUAAUCCUCUACUGUAUCUCUUCAACUACACUACAGUCAGAUAUGUGGUCACUCAGAAUAAAAUAGUUGGACUUUUAUACAGAUUCUUUCAACUCAUCAUCAUGUGCUAUCUGAUUGGGUGGGUGUUUGUGACAAAGAAAGGAUACCAAGUCGUGGAUGACACUAUCGAGAGCUCUGUGGUAACUAAAGUUAAAGGAAUCGCGCGUGUCAAUACAACCUUUUCAGAUCUAUGGGGACCAGAGGAAUACGUUAUACCAGACCAUGGUGGGAAGUUUCUUUUUGUAGUAACCAACUUCAUUGAAACACCAAACCAAACAUUAACCACAUGUCCAGAGAGCCCCUCUGUACCGUUUAGCACAUGCACCCAUGACGACAAUUGCACAGAAGGAGAGGCUGUUAGGGCUGGAAAUGGAAUUAAAACCGGCACCUGUAGGAAAACAGAUGGGAAUGAAACCAACACAUGUGAAAUAUAUGGCUGGUGUCCCACUGAAAAGUCCUCGCGGCCAGAGGCCGCAACUAUGUUGAGAGAAGCUGAAAACUUUACUGUGUACAUAAGGAACUUCAUUAAAUUUUCCCAGUUCAACCUCUCCAAAACAAAUAUUCUAAAGGAAGGUUAUCCGUCGUAUAUAAAAACCUGUUUGCAUGACGAAAUUCAUCACCCAUAUUGUCCUGUAUUUCGGCUGGGAGAUAUUGUGAGCAAAGCUGGAUAUAGGUUUGAAGAAGUGGCAGCAAAGGGUGGUUCAAUUGGGAUUGUGAUUAAGUGGUCAUGUGACUUUGAUAUGGAUACUUCAGACUGUCAUCCUCAGUACAGCUUUAUGGCAAUGGGGAGCAGCACGCCAGUCACAGCUGGAUAUAACUUCAGAUUUGCUCGCUAUUCCAGUGAUGCUGCAGGAAGGACGCACAGAAAUCUUUACAAGGUGUAUGGAUUCCAAUUGAAUGUCAUGGUGUUCGGAACGGCAAGCCAGUUCAGUAUUAUUCAUACCAUUAUUAAUGUCGCCUCCGUUCUUACUUUAAUGGCUGUGGGUUCUUACAUUUGUGAUGUCAUACUGUUGUUUAUGGUGAAGAAGAAAUAUGCAAAGUUUGAGAGCUUGAUAAAGGCUGACAAAGAAAUCGCAUUGCAAAAGAUGCCAGAUCAUUCGAAAAGAAAGUUCAGUUACUGA